UGAAGGGAUGGGAGGAGCGGUCGCCAGCAACAGCAUAAGCCGGCUUGGAAAUCAGCUCGCAGAGCAGCAGGAACGCCAGUUUUAGUUAUUGCGGCGUCGAUAUUAUUCAGUGGCCAAGUCUUCGAGGCGGGAGCGUGCAUCGAGUCAGCGUGUCGCAAGUCUCUCGAUCAUCUUUUUGUUUCGUUUCACUCAAUUAUUCUUUCCGUCGAUCGAUUACAUCAUCCAUCCAACAAGGCGUCUCGUCACUCCCCUUCACGACGAUCUUCGAGAACUUUCAUUCAAUUAUGACCGUCAUGAGUGCCGGCGAGUUGAGCGUGAACCUGCAACGGGACGGAUGUAACGAACCGUUCGGCUUCCGGCUUCGAGGAGGCACCGAUAUCCGAGAGGCUUUCAUCAUCCAACGGGUGGCCGUGGGUAGCGAACUGCGUCGGGGUGAUGUUUUGACGAAAAUCAACGGUCAUCCUUGCUCCAUGAUGACCCAUCGUGAAGCUGCUGAAAUGAUCAAGAAUGCCGGUACUACGAUCAACGUCUGCGUUCACCGAGCUGGCCUGCCUCUUGUGCAACAGCCACGCCCGGUCGCUGCAGCUCCCGUUGUUGAAUCCUCCGCUGCUCCGUCCGGUCCAAUUAGUCAAAAAGCGCCGACCCUAUCGGGAGUUUCGAACACUCGGAAGAUUUCCGAGAUUAUGCUAAGUCCUGUUGAAAAUCUUCCCGUCACUGUGUUCCCUAGCUCAGCUAUCAGCGAAUUCAACAAGCAAGUAGAAGAGAUGGAUCGCGACCGCGAAAGGAUCGUCGUCACUCACCAGCCGUACCGGACUACUCCGCUGGUACUACCUGGGGCGAAAGCGGGACGUGACAAUGCCACUGCUACGCAAAGCUAUUUGGCACUGCAAACUCAACAGAAUGCUAUGCUUUGGAACACUCCCGGAGCUCCGUUCCAGCCGCAAUCCAGCGCCCACUCGUCCUCUAACGACGCCGUCCUCAAGCAAAAGGAUCAGGAAUAUAAGGCGAUAUUUGAAAAGGUGUUUGAACCGACCAAAGGCUGGCGUGUGGAUCACGAACAUCAGUUGGAGGCAGCUGCCGCCAUGGUGCAGAGGAAAAUGGCUGCUGUUAAUGAACCGGCCGGUCAGACUGCCGUGAUUCACGAAGCUGGUGAUGCUCCACCCAAACAAGAAUUGGUGCAUAAGCAGUUUAAUUCACCUCUAGGCCUUUACUCGAAUGAGAAUGUCCAGGAGGUACUGGCCCAACAGACUGGCAUCAUCCCCGCCAAUCCUGCUCGCAAAUUGGAUAUGAAGAAUUCAGAAACAUUACGUGCGUUGAUGGAAGAGAACGAAAAGAACAACAAAACAUCAGCCGCUCGUGACAGUCGCGGACUUAAAGAAGUUCGACCGGCUGCUCCCGUCAAAACAGUCGCUUCCAAUCCUCACUUCAAGGUCAAUGUGAUGGGCUUGGAGAAGGAAAAGAUCCAGCAAAGUUACAGCUUCAAACGAUUGAUGGCUGAUGUGCUGGGCGAGACGGAUUUUUAAGGACGUUAGGAUCCAGAAUGAAACGUGUAUCACGCACCUAUACGCAAUUGGAGAGUUUAAUUAAAAAACAAUGGUGCUAACGUCCCCCAAAAAAUUCAAUUUGACGACGUGGAUGAUGAUUGAUGACGGACGAUGACGAGGAGCAUCGCGUUUUUCAUUUUUGAUCAAAAAAACAAACAAAACAAACAAACUUCUAUUAAUGAAAGUUAUGUGCAUCUUGCCGCUUCUCAUAAUUAUCUGCAGUAUAUGUAAUAAGAACAAAAAGAAAAACCUAAAAAAAAAGGAAACCUUUCACUUUGUGGCUCUCCACUGCCCACCCUUUUCUUCUAUCACUCGUUACACGACAGCAAAGAUCAAUCUAAAAAUCAAUAACAAAUAAUAAAUUAAUCAAUCAAAUUCAUUCACCUGUCCCAAUAUUUUGUGCCAGUAGAGGAAAAAACAACAACAAAAGUCUUUUAUUAGACUGUUAUUCAUUCAACCUAUAUUUGUAUCAUUUCUCUUAUCACUGUAAAAAGAUAUGGUUAGUGGCUUUAAAAAAAAAGGUUGAGCUCGCGUAAGAAAGUUGUUAGUCAGAGGCUAUUGGGUGUAUCAUCACGAACAAAGUGAUUCUCCGGAAUCCUUGCGUUUACGUUUUCCACUAUAAGUUUCAAUCAAGAGAGUCAAGACCUCUUGUCAUCGAGCUUUAAAUUAAAUAUACUAAUGCUUAUUUUUCUUUCUUUUUUUUCUUUUUUAAGUCUUUCACUCUCUUGUGUUUACUCCCCUAAUUUAAAUGCUAUAUACGCCGUAGUAUAAAGGUUUAGACUUUAUUGCCUUGAGCACUCACGCGCUAUAGGAGUUUUAAAAGGUGCUGAUGAAGAAAAAAAUUAUGUGUUCAAUGCAUCCCUUUAAUAUUCACCCUCCACAAAAAAUUUCGUUUCUUAUUUUUCCUCUGCCUCCUCGUCAUCAAUCCUGAUUCUUUAAUUUCUUUUUACUGUAACUGUACUCAUUUCUGCGUUGAAGAGAUUACAUUUGAUGAAAUCGUGAAA